UAUGUAUAUAAUUCCAUGAAUAUAGCUUAUAAACGUAUUUUAUUUAUAGUAUUAUAAACCUGUAUACAAAUUUCAUGAAUGUAAAUUAAUAUUUAAUAUUGUAAGUGUACUUGAAACUGUAAAUAGACUAUUGUAACGCAGCCUGGACAGUGCGUUACGGUUAAAGCAAUUAUUUCUAGCAGACAGGCGAAAGAGCGUGUCGCCUUCUCUUCAGUCACAAUCAUCUGGGUGUUCAGUGACAACUCUCGUGGUAUAAUGGCACUAGAAAAUUUGCUGAAACGCGAUGAAAAAUCAUUACAGACUUACAGAAUAAUAUAUCUCUUUGAAAUAUUAUUCGUAAUUUGCACAGUGUUGGCGCAGGAGUGCUUCGACGACGGCAAUGAAUUUUGCAUCGAUCAGAACGAUAUACUUUCCGUAGAUCUUUUACCUGGGUCAUUUUUAUUUAAUGAUCAAAAGAAUGUCCCUAAGACAAUGUUAAAUGAAACCGUGGAUGGAUCUUUUAAUAAAGCAUUAUACGAGAUGGAAUAUCACAGGAAAAGGAUGAAUGAAUAUCUUUGUCAUGGCUACAUAGCGGAAGAAAUCUUCAAGGAAGUGAGCACGCCUAGAAUGAAACGACAUCCUAAAUCUCCAACCAACAAUUUGCAUUACAACUUCUUAAGCAAUGAUAACGUUACAAUACACGAUAAACUUUUGGCGGAUGAAGGAAGCUCAAAAUAUAAAAACUGGUUGCAACGAACGACGACACUAAACGACGUGUAUCGACAUUACGUGCCUCACAAAAAAAUAAAAAAGAAGCAAGAUGUCCAGCGUGACGAUAUUGAGGAAUUCGAUGGCGAGGUGACGGGAUACGCGAUGCAAGCUCCUGUGCCAUCAAAUGGAAAGAUUGGCGUCUAUGGCGAUACAUCUCACGAAGAUGACAUGCUGACAUCAUCGACGGGGCAUCAUGCUUUCCAUUACGGUCCUUCGUUUAGCCAUCAUGGUGACUUCUUUCCGUCUAUCCACGAAGAGGUUUAUUAUCCGUCGAAUCAUCAUGAAGAACAUGAAGAGGAACACAAACCCUCCUAUACCAAAGGAAAGGGCCACGAAUUGUCAAUUAAAGACUUCUUCGAAAUUGCGCUUACUGCACUUGCAUUCUUAGCAUUUGGACUAUUCAUCAUUCAGCUUAUAAUGAAUUGCACGGAUAGUAAUGGUAAUAACAAUGGUAAUAGGCGAAUCAAGAGAAAUCCAAUUUUUCUCUCGUCGUCUACCAUUAGCAAUGAAGACUUGAACGAGUUGUCCUAUCGCGUUUUGAGGUCCAUCGAAGCGGCUUUGGUCGCCGAAACGGAUUCUGGUAACUGUCUACGCAGAAUAUUAUGUGAAGAUAAUCAAUACUCCAAGCAAACUAAAGACGACCGCAGAAUUUGGAUUCCUGUAUGGAGCUUGGGUAUGAGUUGGGUGUCGGGCAGAAUGCUACACAGGACUCCAUGGUCGGCAAUGUUGGACUCUGUGAAAGCAUCCAUUCUGGGCUUGGGUGGAGUCGACUGCGCCUCUUUUUACCCGGAAUGUGAUCUCGAGAGGGAAAGGAUUAAAAGACGUCGCAGAAAGAGAAAAUAAAUGGUGCUUUAUAAAAAAUAAAGUAAAGCGAAAAGGUAUUAAACGAAUGGAAGAGUGAGCCGCUUGAAUAAAGGGUAAUGUAUUUAUGAUAUCAUCCAAAAGCGGAUUAGGAGUUGCCUGCAGCUGUACACAAUAUUAUUUUUUAAAUUUUUAACAACAGUUUUUAUU